AUUAUUAUAAUAUUAAGCACGCAUAAGACGCUCUGUUUUCUUUCAUCGUAAGCUGAACAGAUUUGAAAAGAAACUAAAAUUAUUUAAAUAUGAAAUCUUAGUGAACUUCAUAAAAUGUCCUUAGAACCGUCGGCUUGUGAAGAUUUGAAAGCAUUUGAACGACGUUUGACCGAGGUUAUUGCAGCUCUCCAACCAGCUACAUUGAGAUGGCGGAUACUGCUAUGUACGAUGUCGCUAAUAACAUUUGCCGGAGCCUUUUAUUGGUUAACUGAUCCCCGAACCUCUAUUGUACCGCUAAUGGAUUCUCUGUGGAACCAUCCAGUAUUCACAUUUUCAACAGCGAUUUUGUUACUUUUGUUUGUAUUCGGCAUUCAUAAACUGGUGAUAGCCCCGCAGAUAAUAACAUCUCGCACUCGUAGCGUACUCGCUGAAUUCAACAUGUCCUGCGACGAAACGGGCAAGCUGAUUCUACGACCUCGCCCGACUAACAAUUCGCGAUACUUUAGCGGCGACGGUCCCCGGAGUCCCAAGAAGACAAAACGCUGACCAGUGUAUGGUUUAAGUGCUAGGCUCAAAACAAUGAAAGGGUGCGGAGAAAAUGUGCGACAUGACGAUGGUUCUACAAGGUCAAAUUGUAAAUAGACAUUUCGACGGCCUUCAAUGAUAUAUAGUAGAAUUACUAACUUUCUUGUAACAUUGUGUUGGACUUGAAUGAUUUUUUUUGCGAAUAAUAAAGCCAAUUUUAUUAGAGGUCACAAGGUUUAA